GGUUUCCUCGGGUCCCGGCGCAGCGCCGCCUGCCGAGUUCCGAGUCGGCGCGCGGAGCCCGUGGGGGUCUCCGGGCGCGCCCGCGGGUCCCAGCUCCCCAGCCCUUUCGCGACUGCUCCCUUGUGCAAGUCAGACGCGGCUCCGACGGCGGCCGGGCUCCAAGGCUCUGCGGGCAGCACUCUCCGCCGGGUGUCGGGGGCGGUGCGGGGGCGGCGCCGGCGGGGGCGCCUCACCCCGGGCCGGCGGCGGUAAUGCAGCUGCCGUUGCCACCCUUGCGGCCGGGCGGGCAGCUGGAGGCCGCAGGAGCCGGAGCCGGAGCGCGCUCUCUGCGGGCCGGGACGCCGCCCUGGCCUGCGCUUGGCUCCCGCGGCGGCCGCAGGGCGCCGGGGCCCCGCGCGGCAUGAGGAGGAGGCUGCGAGCCGGCGAGCGCCCAGCUCCUUGGCCCCCAGGGCCCCCGCGGGCCCCCGCGCGUCGCGUGCACCGGCUGCGGCCCCGGCGCCCACGCUAGCCCCGCGCAGGCACGAGACGCGGCGGCGCGGGCCUGCGGAGCGAUCGCGGGCGGGCGGGACCCUCAGCGCCUGGGCUUGGCGAGCUGGACCCGGCCAGGAGCGGAGAGCCGGGCGUGCUGCAGUUGGCCGCCCCUCUCCGCAGGGGCGCCGCGGCGCGCAGCCUGCGCCUCUCCCCACCUGCAGCCCCUCCUCCCGCUGCUGCCUGGCGGAGCACACGCGCGUCCGCGCCCUUCCUCGGCCUCCUGAGGGCCUCCGGUCCCCAGGCCCCCAGCCCCACGGCCCCUCUCCUCCUUCCUCCCCUUCCCCCGCGUCCUCCGGCUCCUCUCCGAUCCCUACCCUCUGGCCUCCAUUCAUUCUGCCGGCUCCCUCCCUCUCCCCCUUGGCGCCCGGGCCUCUCCCCAGAGCCUCGCUGCGCAGACCCCGCUAUAGACCCGGGGUUCCGAGCACGUUCAUGGAAGUUUAGGGCCCGGUCGGUGGCCCCGGGUCCGGCCUGAGAGCGCAGCGGGAGCUGCUGGCGGGGAAGAGGAAGAUGUCGGUACUCAGGCGGAUGAUGCGGGUCUCCAAUCGCUCCCUCCUCGCCUUCAUCUUCUUCUUCUCCCUCUCCUCGUCCUGUCUCUACUUCAUCUACGUGGCUCCGGGCAUUGCCAACACGUAUCUCUUUAUGGUACAAGCUCGAGGUAUAAUGUUGAGAGAAAAUGUGAAAACAAUAGGACAUAUGAUCAGGCUGUACACAAAUAAAAACACUACCCUCAACGGUACAGGGGGAUUUCUCAAUGUCAAUGUAAGUGAAGUCAGUUUUGAUGAAAUUCAUCAACUCUUCUCCAAGGAUUUAGAUAUUGAGCCAGGAGGUCACUGGAGGCCUAAAGAUUGUAAACCCAGAUGGAAGGUGGCAGUUCUCAUUCCUUUUCGUAAUCGCCAUGAACAUCUUCCAAUUUUUUUCUUGCACCUGAUUCCCAUGCUCCAGAAACAGCGCCUGGAAUUUGCCUUUUAUGUCAUUGAACAGACUGGCACACAGCCUUUUAACCGUGCGAUGCUCUUCAAUGUGGGCUUCAAAGAGGCCAUGAAAGACAAUGGCUGGGACUGUGUCAUCUUCCACGAUGUGGAUCAUCUACCAGAAAAUGAUCGCAACUAUUACGGCUGUGGAGAAAUGCCCCGUCAUUUUGCUGCAAAGCUGGAUAAAUACAUGUACAUUCUUCCAUACAAAGAGUUUUUUGGUGGUGUAAGUGGACUGACAGUGGAACAGUUUAGAAAGAUCAAUGGUUUCCCUAAUGCCUUCUGGGGAUGGGGAGGAGAAGAUGACGAUCUUUGGAACAGAGUUCACUAUGCUGGAUAUAAUGUAACCCGACCAGAGGGAGACUUGGGAAAGUACAAGUCUAUUCCUCAUCACCAUCGAGGGGAAGUCCAAUUUUUAGGACGGUAUAAAUUACUAAGGUAUUCUAAAGAGCGUCAGUACAUCGAUGGGCUGAACAAUUUAAUAUAUUCACCAAAAAUUCUGGUUGAUAGAUUGUAUACGAAUAUAUCUGUAAACCUCAUGCCAGAGUUAGCUCCAAUAGAAGACUAUUAAAAGUAGCCCCCAGGGCCAGACAGACUACAAUGCUGACUGUAAACCUGCAGUGGACUCUGAAUGGAGGAUGGAGGCUGGCGGCUGGAUGUGGCGGUGCCCUGUUCUCCGGAAAGAGCCCAGUCCUCAGUGUUUACAGCCUGGACCUGCUGUGGUCACCUUCUCCCUCCCCUCCCUCCUAGGGGUGCACCCCCCACGGCGAGCACUGCAAAAACCAGAAGCCUUUGCUUGAGAUUGGAAGUUGAGCGCUCCCUACAAGAAAAUUUUUAUACUAAAAUCUAUAAUUUAAGAGAAUGCUUUUAUUUCCGUUUAAACAUUUUGUACAUAUGUGAUAUAAAUUAACGUGUUCAAAUUGUUGAAAAUAAGAUGUGUCGCAGUUUGCAUGUAAUUGGUUAUGCCUUUAUUGGACUUUUAUAGAUGUUUUUUAAUUGCAUGAAAACACAUGAAAUUUAUGUCACUAAACAAAGGUUAACCCUUGUGUGAAAUGAAGGAGCUGUCAGGAAUUGAUGGCCAAUUAAUAUGUCAACUGUUAUCCUAGUUUUGAGCUUUAGCCCUUCUGCCUCAUGUGGAAGAAGGCACGCUUUCUUAGGGCUUUCAAGGGGAAGAAGGAAAGGACUUGAAGCUUUCCUUCCUACCAGGAUUACCUAAUUUUUUCCUUGCUUGCAAUCUCAUCAGAUUUUGCUGAAUCACAACCAUAUCAUUUAUGCAUAUUGCAUGAGUAUUACCAAGAAAAUCUUACAAGUUGUCAUGUGACAUGAAGAAAGGACCUGUGUGUGUUAAGUGUCUCAUGUACCUCUGCUGUCAUGUCAGGGAUUUUGUGCCUCAAAUGUCCCCAAGGUCAUAUGUUUAUAUACUUUUUUUUUUUUAACAAUUCAUAGUGAACAACAUUUUCAUGAUUUUCAGUUCAGGAGAGCCAAAAUAUUUUUCUUUCAAAAGAAUAAGCUAGGGAAAACCCAAUAGUACGUAUAAUAUACAAAUAUUCUAUUAGAUAAGAAAUUAAAUGUUAUAUUUUUAUGACAAAUGCCUAGUAAUAAAACAUUUUAAGUUUA